UGGCUGUGAGUUGGUCCAAUCACAGGGCGUGUUGUUGGGGUGAAGAUGGCUGACAGACUGACACAGCUGCAGGACGCCGUCAACUCGCUGGCAGACCAGUUCUGUAAUGCUGUAGGUGUGCUACAACAGUGUGCACCUCCAGCAUCAUUUAGUAACAUCCAAACUGCUAUAAACAAAGACCAGCCCUCUAAUCCAACAGAAGAAUAUGCUCAGCUUUUUGCUGCAUUGAUCGCCAGAACUGCUAAAGACAUAGAUGUGUUAGUUGACUCACUACCCAGUGAAGAAUCUACAGCAGCAUUACAGGCUGAAAGUUUACGUCGGUUAGAAGCGGAAAAUCACGAAGCUGCAGCUCGGUUAGAAUUGGUUGUUUACCAAGGGGAUAUGCUGUUGGAAAAGAUACAGAGUGCAUUAGCUGAUAUUGCUCAGUCGCAGCUUGGGACAAGAAGCAGUGGACAUAGUCAGCAUGUUCCUGAAUCGUAAUAGCAGGACAUGGUAAACUAAGGGCGCGAUCUUAACUGCUUGAGAACUGUUGUCGCCUUGGAUCAUACACUGUUGCUGCAAAAAAUACGAUUUUUUUAAAAAUUAUUUUUAUUAAAACUCUAAAGAAUGCUCCCGGUAACAAUUUUUUCUUUGUGAAAGAGUAAACUUAUUUUUCCUCAGCAUACUUGUCUUCAACUUUCUUCCUUUUUGAUCCUUUUGCAAGUUUUUUUUAAAAAGAAGAGCAAUUGGACAUGUAACAUUGUCUGCUACAGCAAAAGUCUCAAUUUGGCUUUGAAAACUCAAUAAAUCAACUGUUCUCAUAAAACUAAAGUUCUUUACAUUUUGGAAAACACAUGUUUAAUCUGUUGCAUACUGAAACAUGUUCCCUUUGGUGCUAUGUCAUUAGAGUGAUUAGAGAAUUGAAAUAUGUUCUUAGAAAUAAGACCUUUUGUUAGACCAGACCUAAUCUGACAAAACCAAUAGAAACUUGGAACAGUAGAUGUUCCAGUGAAGAUUUCAUAACUGUAUAGUUAGUUAGAUCUUCUGCAUAUAUGGAAUAAAUAUUGUAUUCAAGUUCCUAUAUAAUAUUUUGUUUAUAUGGUGUAUGUUUCAGUUUAAAAUUAUAAAUAAACUUUUCAAUGGUUGACUUUGGCUUGGUGUUGAAGGCAUGGAGAAA